GAUGUUCGUCACGUCAGCAGGAUCAUAACCAUCAGACGCUACCUCGAGCUCGACUCCUCAGGAGCACACACGACUCCUCACAGGUGUUCUGUCACCUGGGCAGGGACGAGAGCCUUAACCUCGCCGGAGAGACAUCUUAAUCAGUCCAUGAAGCGUUCAGGUGCGCGUCCUGGCGAUGUUGGAGAUCACGGUGCGUCUAGAGGAGCGCGUUUGAGGAGCUCUCGUGUGUUUGUGAGGACACAUCCAAAGCAAAGAGAGACCUCUGUCACUGCAGUGUUCUCCAAAGCACUGGAGAUUAUCAGAUAAAGAUUGGGAUGGAUUUCGCCGUGACCCCUGAUGAUAAUUCCAGUGAUGAGUUUAACUCAUCUCAACAUUUAAAUGAAGACACUGACGAACAGUAUCACAAUGUUCUCAUGCCAAGCAUUUAUGGAGUCAUCUGCUUCGUCGGUAUAAUUGGCAACUGCAUCGUCAUCUACACCAUCGUCAAAAAGAACAAGUUCCGAGCGCAACAGACGGUGCCUGACAUCUUCAUCUUUAGCCUGUCUAUCGCUGAUCUUCUGUUUCUCCUGGGCAUGCCGUUCCUCAUCCACCAGCUGGUGGGAAACGGUUCGUGGUGUUUCGGUGCCACCAUGUGCACUGUUAUCACGGCGCUGGACUCCAACAGUCAGAUCGUGAGCACCUACAUUUUAACGGUCAUGACACUGGAUCGAUACUUGGCCACGGUGCACCCCAUCCGCUUCAACCACAUGCGCACUCCAUGCGUGGCUGUGGCGGUCGUGGGCCUGGUGUGGAUCCUCUCGCUGCUGUCCAUCACGCCGGUGUGGAUGUUCUCCGGCCUCAUGCCCCUACGGGACGGAUCGGUGGGAUGCGCUCUGCUCCUUCCCAAUCCGGCUACAGAUACGUACUGGUUUACUCUCUACCAGUUCGUGCUGGCGUUCGCUUUGCCGUUGGUGAUCAUCUGCGUGGUGUUUUUCAAGAUCCUCCAGAACAUGGCUGCCACGGUGGCGCCGCUUCCCCAGCACAGCCUUCGCGUGCGCACUAGAAAGGUCACUCGGAUGGCUGUGGCCAUAUGCCUGGCGUUCUUCAUUUGCUGGGCGCCUCAUUACAUCUUACAGUUGGCACAUCUGAGCGUGCAGCGGCCCAGUUACGCAUUCCUGUACGCCUAUAACGUGGCCAUUAGCAUGGGCUACGCCAACAGCUGCAUCAACCCGCUGCUCUACAUCAUGCUGAGUGAAACCUUCAAAAGACAGUUCAUCGUAGCCAUCCGUCCAGCGCACAAAGAUUUCCGUGUGGACCCGGCCGACGGGAGUGUGAGUCUCCGUCUGGCCCCUGACGGAGCGCAGCAGUCUCAGUCGUCCCGCGAGCUGCUGCCGGUUACUGUUGCUGUGCAUUGAAACUCAUUUUCUGUGUCUAUAAUAGGCAUGCGGGUGAAAAGACGUCAUGAAGAGUCUUACAGAACUGCUCAUUAACAGUUCUUGGUUUGAUAGGAUCUGUGGUGAGGCAUAUUUUUCUUGGCAUACUUCUGUGCGGUGAAAGAGAUAUCGAGUAUACACAACCCGAUUACAACAAAAUUACUUUGCAGAAGCGUUCACAGCCGUUUGUUUUCUGUAGAAUAGGGCUAUUUGGAAGUCUUGUUUGCUCACCAAGUCUUGAUUGGUUAUUUUAUACAUUUAAAAUAAAUGUUAAAUGUAUUUAUUCCUGUGAUGCAAAGCUUAAUUUUCUUCAUUGAGUCUUCGGUGUCACAUAGAAAUAAUUUUAACAUUCUGAUUAAAAAAAAUAAAUAAUUAUAAUAAUUUUUAUUAUAAAUGGUGCAAACAGUUGUGCUGCAUAAUAUUUUUGUGGAAAAUGUGAUGCAUUUUUUUUCAGUAUUCUUUGAUGAAUGACAAUCCAAAAGACGAGCGUUUAUUUGAAAGAGAAAUCUUGAUAGAUUUGAUGUGUCCUUGAUGAAUAAUAGAAUUAAUUUUCCUCUGCAGAUAAAUAACUUUAGAAGCAAAAUAGAGGCAAAUAAAUAUGACAGGUCGAUUUUCUCCUUGUGUCCAUAAACGUCACAUUUUCUACCUCAAAAGAAAAAGUAUUGUGAAGUCAUUGAAAAUGGUUCUUCUGAGCUGUUCUUUGUUUUUGUUGUUGUUCUGAAACACAACUCUUGUUUUUGACGUCAGUGUAAAUGUGUAUGUGAUGUUACUUGUUUUUGAUAUUAUAUGUAUGUUGUCCUCUUUAAUCAUAUCAGUGUAUUAAAUCAUUUAAAUAGUCUUUACAUGUAAAUAUCACACAAAAUGUCCUUUAUUUGAACUCAGUAUUGGUAUGAAGAUACAGUAGGUUAUGGCAAAGUUGUGUGUAUAUAUAUGUGUGUGUGCAUGCAGAUCUACAAUAAUAUUGGACAUAACCAUUGUUCUUCUGAAAAGAGACGACGUAAUUUGGAUGGAAAAUUGUUUGCCCAAAUCAAUGUAAAAAGAAGGCUGUAUUCUCAUCAGAGGAGUUCAAAGCACUCCAUUUCCUCAUGAUUGCAGUGAAAAAACAGGACUGCCUUGCAGUUUCAUAACACCCCCCUCCAGUGUCACACACGCCGAAUUCAGAAUUGUCUAUGAAUGUCUGAUUUUAUUUCAUAUGCUUGUUAAUGAGGGCUCAUUAUAAAGGCAACACCUAGCCUACACACAAUGAACUUCCUCUGGCUGUAUAAAGGCGCCUCCACUGAGAGGAACUAAUUAUCUGAACAUAUGUGAACUAAAUACAUGUCAAGAAUCAUAAUGAAUGUGUAAAUAGUGUUUCUACAGGAAACGAGCCCGAGUCGGAGUUCAGUUUUGUUUCUAGGGAAUGCUGUGAACUCGUGUCGUGUCUGGUUUAAACACAGAACAAUCAGGACAUUUUGAACAUUCAGAAAUAACGUUUUCAUAACAUAACGGGAACAUCUUUUGGUUGGCUGGAUAGGUUUUUAGUGUUACGCUCCCAUAUAAUAUGCAGAGAAUUUCUUAGGUUGAUUUGAUCGAAAACUGUAAUUUCUGUGUCUCUGUGGCAAUAGGGAAAUUCAAAAAAGUAUAGUUCUACACAACAACAACGACUCGACCAGUGUUUUUUGCUCAAUCAAUAGCUAACGGGGACAUUUAAAUUAGUUAUUUCUAUUGCUUUAAGCUAGAAAGCUGCAUUUUAACAGACCAAAUAUACUGAUGACUCAUCCUGCACUGAUGCCAAUCAGAGCAAACAACAGCGUGUGCUUCUCCAGACACAAUAAACGGGAUAUUUGUAUAAACGUAAUUCAUUUACAUAAAAUUUGAUGUCAGUCAUUGCAUCAUGCAUAUAUAUUAUCAAUAACAUAUAUAUAUACUGUGUGAACAUU